AUGGCAGCAUUGAACAAAGUCCUGCCAAUAUUGGCUCAUGGCAGCAUUGAUCAAAGUCCUGAAGCAGUUAAAAAAUGGUUCAAAGAGCUUCGACAUGCAAAGGAGAAGUUGACAGAGCUUCACUUCUAUGUUCAUGUCAGGGUAACUGCAGAGAGCCCCAAAUCUCCUAGUUCCAAGAUCAUCGGUCACGCCCAUGGCAUAACCAGUUCGGCUUUGAAAGAGGAAGAUGCUUCACGAAUUGGCACCAUGAACUUGGCAUUCAACGAUGGCAAGUUCAAUGGUAGCGCCCUUAGCGUUCUAAGUGAUUAUCCCUUCUUCCAGAAGUACAAGGAGAUGCCAAUAGUAGGCGGUUCUGGGGUUUUUCGAUUGGCCCGUGGAAUAGUUACAGCAAUAAUCCAUACUUACAAUGAUACCACCCAGAAUGAAAUUAUCGACUUCCACGUCCUCGUUUUGCAUUAUUGA